AAAGGAGAGAACCCCCGUUCGUCUGCUCCCUUUGGGGAGCCCCUUCUGUAUGAAUUGACAAAGGGAGAUUUCCCCCUUUUCUCCCUCAAACUGAAGAGCACAUAUGUAAAUCCUUGUUUUCCCUCGUGAGGCUGGGGAGGCCGUGGCCACAAUGCUUCACUGCAUGCAUCCAGCCCCGGGCUGCUUUUAACCCCAGCGCUCUGAACUGCCGCUCAGCUCCCGGAAAUUCCAAGGAACCUAGUGGCCUUAGUCCUUCAGGUGGAACAGCGUGCGACAUGGGAAAGAAAACCAAGCGAACAGCUGACAGUUCUUCUUCAGAGGAUGAGGAGGAAUACGUCGUGGAGAAGGUGCUAGAUAGGCGUGUGGUUAAGGGGCAAGUGGAAUAUCUACUGAAGUGGAAAGGCUUUUCUGAGGAGCACAAUACUUGGGAACCUGAGAAAAAUUUGGAUUGCCCUGAGCUAAUUUCUGAGUUUAUGAAAAAGUAUAAGAAGAUGAAGGAGGGUGAAAAUAACAAACCCAGGGAGAAGUCAGAAACUAACAAGAGGAAAUCCAGUUUCUCAAACAGUACUGAUGAUAUCAAAUCCAAAAAAAAGAGAGAGCAAAGCAAUGAUAUCGCUCGGGGAUUUGAGAGAGGACUGGAACCAGAAAAGAUCAUUGGGGCGACAGAUUCCUGUGGCGAUUUAAUGUUCCUAAUGAAAUGGAAAGACACGGAUGAAGCAGACCUGGUUCUUGCGAAAGAAGCUAACGUAAAAUGUCCACAGAUCGUGAUAGCGUUUUAUGAAGAGAGACUGACGUGGCAUGCAUAUCCCGAGGAUGCGGAAAACAAAGAGAAAGAAACAGCAAAGAGCUAAAGAAGGGGGUGGUCUCUGUCAUUUCUCUUUGUACAUAACACAUUCACUUCCCUGCCUCCUUUCCCUCCUACCUACCCCCUUCUGUCCCGAACACAUUCAUGCAAAAAUGUGCUUAUCACUGUGCUCCACGGGAGAACUGUUGGUAUUGGUUUUCUUGUAACAUAACGGAUGGUCUGAUUCCUGAUUAGUGUCUCUCUGUGAAGACCAGGCAUUUGCAUACUGUGUGUAAAAUUCCCACCAUUGUGUCCUUUGCCCUGGUCUCUUUCUUCUGCUCCCCUGUGACCUCAAGAUGAAUUUUAACUUUUUAAUCACCCGAGAGUCUCGAUCUUUUCAGGGUUGGUCACUUUUAGAUUGGGGGAUUUUGUUACAAUGAUGAUGAAAUUUGGUUCUCAAAAACAUGUUGAUGACCAGCUAGCCUUUGCUUGAGAUCUUGGGAUGGAAAAGAUGUUGCCCAUCUUUUUUAAAAAGCCAAUAGCAACUGCCUGCCUGUUGGGGCGUUCCCAACCUCAUUCAGCUCAACCCGGGAGAAUACAGGGUUCCUGGCGUGGUCUUCUGGGCCACCCUCUGUUGUUCAUCCGCACCCAUCCUCCCAGACUAGCUCCAUCCUUGGAGGACUUGAAAUUUUAGUCAGAGUUGUCAAGGCACUCCUAGCCCCAGGACGUGUGGCUUUGUUUCUUAGCAAUCCCCGAUUCUGCUUCUGCAAGGUGGCGUAGUCUGUCAUAAAGUGACAGGAUGAAUAACUGGAGCUUUUUAGCUGUUAGGACAUGAAGAUGAUGGGGUAGGAUACAGUUGUCUUUAUUAUUACAUACGGUAUAUGUGUAUUGUUUCCUUCCAGCCCUCACGUUUGAACUAUAUUUAUGUAGGUGUGAGCGACUGCCUGGUGCUUGCUUGUGCCAAGGUGCUAGGCACCCUCCAGCCCUGUCAACUCCUGUGGCCUCCCAAAGCAUUCAUUCCUGUUAACCAAAGAGGCUUCAAACCUGCUCCUCACUUCUCAGCGGACACACGUUUCCCCUCUGCGCCAUUAUUUUCAGGGAGGAAUUCUUGGAGGGGAGCCAGUGGCUACACUAUCAGUUUUAAGUAUUCAUAGUGUUUAUAGUCAUCAAUGUCCUGCUUUAUUGACUCCUGGAUUUGCCAAGAGUCCCCAGUGCUCUUCCUUUUUCCACCCAAAAAUCUUUGUAUCUUCUUUUUAAACAUGUGUUUCCAUGGAAGACGAUCCCCUCAGAGGAUGACAGGCCCUGGCAUUAGCAUGUUGACACAACCUUUUUCCUUUUAACUUCCUCCUGUUUUGCCAUUAUAUUGAGAGUUUAUUUUUCUGAUAACCUGUCUGUCUGCUUAGAAAUGCCCUACUUCUCUUUAUUCUUUUUUUCUUUGGGGGGGGAUGGCUAAAAAUUCAAGGCUAAAAGUAAGGAAAUGGCAGGGUUUUGAGCAUCCUUGUCCUAGCCCAAAGCUGAGGGAAUAAGAAUAAAUGCUUGAAAUAGCCUUCACUCGAA